AUGGGUUCAACAACUCCUACUCUGUCAGCCUUGAAUGGCCCGACAUAUGUUACAGCCCAGACGCUGAUCCAGCAAGUUGCAUACGUGCUCAGUGACAAGAUCUUCUCCUACUCACCGGAGACUUUUGAUCUUGAUGCUGCACUUAAGGAAUGGACCUUGAAGGGUGAGACCAAUGCCAAUGGUGAAUCUCCCGCUGUCAAGGCUCUGGAAACCCGCCAGGGUGCCGGUAACUUGGCAUUGGGUUAUCUCUUCUCCCAGGAUUUCGACUUGAAGAAGCGCCACAUUCCUCAGGGAAUUGUUGCUUCAUCGGCAACUCUUCCUUAUAUGCGCGCCGCAUUGGAGCAACUCUCUUUGCUCUACUCUGUCGCUAGCCCAGUAGCUGCGCACGUCGCCGCCGUUGACUACGCCGGUGAGGAUGGCCUGGUCUCCGACUAUGCCUCCGCCCUCUCUCUGACCGAGGAUCUCGGUCUGGGUUUGGUCUCUAGUGGCUCUGCCCACGAGUCCCAGCACAUGGCUCUCUUCACCACUUUGCUCUCUUCGAUUCUUCCCUCAAUCCACAUCUAUGAUGGUGUCCGCGUUGGUCGUGAUACCACCCGCGUCAUUGAUGUUCUCGACAAGGAUGGUCUGACUCGCACUUAUGAGACCGUCCGUAAGACUCUCGAUGAGUCCCGAAACCGCCACCUUGAUGCCCAAGGCAAGGUUCUUGACCUACUGAAGACACUGAACGGCGAGCUCGGAACCGAGUACGGUGCUUUCGAGUACCACGGUCACACUGAGCCCACCUCUGUCCUGGUCGUCUUCGGCACCGUGGAGGCAACCCUCACUGCCCAGAUCGCUCGCUCUCUUGCAAAGGAUGGCGUCCGUGUCGGUGUUGUCAAUGUCCGUGUCUACCGACCCUUCAUUGAGGAGGAGUUCUUGCGCGUUCUUCCCCAGUCCACCAAGACCGUUGCCGUUCUCGGACAAGUCACCUCUGAGCUGGCUGUUCAGGAAGAAGGCAUUCACUCUGCUCUCUACGAGGAUGUUCUUGCGGCCUUGACUUUCGCCACUGGCCGUGAACAUAACCCGGGUUGUGUUGAGAUCAAAUACCCUCGCUCCCAGCGCUGGGAUCUCAUCUCUACCGCUGCUGCAUUCCAGCGUAUUUAUGACCAGCCUAUCCUCGCUGCCAACGGCGAGACCAACGAGUCCCUGCAGUUGCUGGACCCUGCUUCUGUGCAAGAGUACACCUUCUGGGAUGUUGACACUUCGGUCACUGAGGCUGCUGCUCAGACUUUGGGCCAGGCUCUUGGCGCCGACUCAGCGAGCAACGUCACCACCAGCAAGACCUAUGACAACCUGAUUCAGGGAGGUGCCAUUCGUGUCGAUAUUCGUAAGAGCUCCAAGAUUGUUGACGCUCCUUACGCCGUCACCGCUGCCGAGGUUUCAUAUGUCGGCAACACCGCGCUGCUGAAUGACGUUGAUGUCUUGGCUUCUGUCAAGGAUAAUGGAAAGGUCAUUAUCAACGCCCCAGGAAUCAAGGAUGAGGACUUGGAGAAGAAGCUUCCCGCUGCCUUCAGACAGGCUGUCGCUCAGCGUGGUAUCUCCGUCUUCGUUGUCGAUGGAUCUGCCAUUGAUGACUCGUCUCUGGAUGCCCUCGUUCUCCAGGCCUCAUUCGUGCGUGUCGCUCUGCCCACUCAGGAGGGUCUGGCCACCAAGAAGCUUUCUGCGAUCACUGGAAAUGCUGAGGCCCUUGAAAAUGUCGCUAAGGAUCUUGAGAAGGUUCUCCGCCAGAUUGAGGUUCCCGAGUCCUGGAAGGAGCCCGAGGGUGUUAGCGAGGCUGUUCAGCUCCCCAAGGACAUCAUCGCCAACAGCUUUGCCUCGUUCGAUAAGAAUGAGUCUGAGCCCGCUACUCUCCUGAAGGACUGGGAGACUGCUGCUCGUGGCCUUGCAUUCAAGGAGGCCUAUGGCACCACGAAUGCCCUCCGUCCUGACCUGGCUCACAAAACUUUCACUGUCCACGUCAAGGAGAACCGCCGUCUUACCCCUACCACCUAUGACCGCAAUAUCUUCCACAUCGAGUUCGAUCUCGGUGAGACUGGUCUCAAGUACGACAUUGGCGAGGCCCUUGGUAUCCACGCCGAGAACGAUCCCGAGGACAUCAAGAACUUCAUUGCGUUCUACGGCUUGGACCCCGAUGCCAUUGUUGAGGUCCCCAGUCGCGAGAACCCAGCCGUUUUGGAGAAUCGUACUGUCUACCAGGCUCUGAUCCAAAACGUCGACAUCUAUGGUCGUCCUCCUAAGCGCUUCUACGAGGCCCUUGCCGAGUUCGCCUCUGACGAGAAGGAGAAGACUGCCUUGCUCACCCUGGGUGGCCCCGAUGGUGCCACUGAGUUCAAGCGUCGCGCCGAGGUUGAUACUGUCACCUUCGCCGAUAUUCUGCUCGAAUACCCCUCUGCCCACCCCGAAUUCCACGACAUCGUCCGCAUCGUUGGUCCCCUGAAGCGCCGUGAGUACUCGAUUGCCUCAUGCCAGAAGGUUACCCCCACCACGGUCGCUCUGAUGAUCGUUGCCGUGAACUGGACCGACCCCAACGGUCGUGACCGCUUCGGUCUCGCUACUCGCUACCUGAGCCGCCUGCAAGUCGGCUCCCCGAUCACUGUCAGCGUCAAGUCCAGUGUCAUGAAGCUGCCCCCCAAGUCCACUCAGCCCCUCAUCAUGGCCGGUCUGGGUACUGGUCUGGCACCAUUCCGUGCCUUCGUUCAGCACCGCGCCCUCGAGAAGGCUCAGGGCAAGGAGAUCGGUGCUGUUCUGCUGUACAUGGGCUCUCGUCACCAGCGCGAGGAGUACUGCUACGGCGAGGAGUGGGAGGCUUACCAGGAGGCUGGUGUCAUCACUCUUCUCGGCGCUGCCUUCUCUCGUGAUCAGCCCGAGAAGAUUUAUAUUCAGGAUCGCAUGCGCCAGACCCUGCCCGAGAUCAUCCAGGCUUAUAUUCGCGAGGAGGGUGCUUUCUACCUCUGCGGUCCCACUUGGCCCGUGCCCGACGUCACCGCUGUUCUGGAGGAGGCCAUUGCCACCGAAGCCAAGAACAAUGGCAAGAAGGUCGACACUCGCAAGGAGAUUGAGAAGCUGAAGGAUGAGGAGCGCUAUGUUCUGGAGGUAUACUAG